UGCUCACCUGAUUGCAGGCGCCUUCAAUUGCGGUGGGAGAGGUGCGCGCAGGUGGGUGGCGAGGAAGGUUGCUUUUCCUGUCCGAAGAGCGGAAUGGAGGGCUGCGAUCGCGAUGGUCGUGCUGUGCUGUCCAGUGCAGAGAAGACAGUUGUCGCGGCGGCUAGUGUCGCAGUUGUCCGUCGAUUCCAACUAGAGAGGGUGACUGGGCGCAUGAAAGUGACGCUUUCCAGGGGGCGGCAGAGACUUCUGCUGCAGAGGGUGUUGGACGCCCCGAACUGCGUUACCAGUUCUGAGGCAGUGCUUCAGCUAUGCUUUGCAAUAGGGUGCGGUGUGCUUCCUCGGUCGAUGCCACGUUGGUGGAUAAGGCGGAGAACCGGCGGGACUUGGGAGGAUUUGCGGCUCUGCGAUAACGCGACGGACGACCACUUCCGGGAAAAGCUCCGCAUGUUGAGGAGAGUUUUCAUGGAGAUCAGCGAGGCCUGUGCACCUCUCUUGCAACGACAGGUGACGUUCUACAGGGAGCCACUUCCGCCGGAGCAGAUCGUCGCCUAUGCGCUGUACAGGUGGGCUACAGGAGAGUCAUACGACAACAACACCUCAUCUUUCGGCAUAGGCAGGGCUUCCGGAAUUUUGGUCGUGCGCGAUGUGACAAACGCUUUCAUUUGUGAAUCUGCACUCGGAAGGAAAGUGGACAUAUCAGAAGACGAGGAUUGUGAGGUUGCAAAAUUGCGGAAAGAACUUGAGGACUUGCGGGCCAGAUCAUCGGAGGCUUCAAGUAGCUCAUGUGAAGAUAACAAUAGGUUGGAGGCGCUGAGAAAGGAGAAGGAAGCUUUGCUGAAGGCAAGGAAUCUGGUGUCUGAGGAAGAACGACUGCGCAAGCAGAUCGCGGAGCUUAGGAGCCGCAACGGGCAGGAGGCGCAUGGUAAUGGCAAACAUGACGAGGUUCUUGCACUGCAGCUACAGAUAAAGGAGCUUAAUGCUUUCCACACUGCUUUGGAAGAGAAGAGUGCGGAGGUAUCUGCACUAAAAUCAUAAAACAUGCACCUGAAGAAAGACGUUUCCGAGCUGCGUGACGAGUUCCUAGUGUUCCGAGGAUAAAGGAGUUCAGGAGCG